AUGCUGGGAGACACGGCCCUCAAACUGGUGCACGAUUCGCGCCGAACUGCUGCCCUUGAUUUGCUUCCAGCGUAUCAGGAAGAGCUGGUUCGUGGUGUGUGCCGAGAAAUUCGCCAACUGGAUGCCUCCAUCAACAAGACACAGGAUGAACCGGGAUACGACCCACAAGAUCGAGUGGCCCAUUGCAACCUCCUGGUACAGCAUCUCGCCAUGCGACGAGACAAACGCUGCUUGUUGGCAUAUCAAUUCACGCGUGCCCGGCGUAUGAAUGAAGCCGCAUGGAAACAGACGGAGGAACCAAACCUCAACGGUAAUGAGCAGGAGUACAUGAAGGCGUAUGAGGAUCUCAUUGUUGACAUCAAGGGCCCGUACACCGAUAUCGAUCUGACAGGAUCAUUGGAGCCUCCCAACGAUGUGUUCAUUGAUGUUAGAGUGUUGCAAAGCGUGGGCGAGGUACAAACUGAAUACGGAGUGUUCAACCUUGAGAAAGAUUCGCAAUUUUUUGUUCGGCGAAGUGAUGUCCAGACAUUGUUACUUCAGGGCUACUUGAAAGAGAUUUAG